ACGAACAGACCUAUUGACCUAUUGUGGUCUAAUAUAUUUCGUUUUAUGUACAAAAAGUACAACACAUGUUGCAGAAACUAAGCUUCAAAUGCCGCGAAAUGUUGUCGUCUUUGAGAAAAACGAAUUUUUUCUAAAAGGGUGAUCUUAAUGUAUUUCAAGCCAAUGAAGAUGCCUCGGUGACAUAUUCGUUUCCUCGUAAACUUGAUAAAUCCUCUUUGUUGAUAAGAAAUAAUACGAUCAAAGUACACAUACUUUUGAGAGUGACCUAUAUCAGACAGCAAGAUGUUUAACUUAACUAAGAGUGGACUCCGUAAAAAUACGAUUAAUCGUCGAGGAGUGGAAUUAGUACAACGUUUAGCUAGGAGUACUGUAGCCUCAUACGAUAAUGCUGAACACCAAUAUAUACAAAUUAGCAAAAUUCCAACUUUGCAUUUCCAAGCAUCUUUACCGAGGUUACCGAUACCAAAACUUGAAGAUACAUGUAGGAGAUAUAUAGACGCGCAAAAACCUCUGUUGGAUGAUAAGAAACUGCAAAAUACUUCUUCCUGUGUUUCCAAAUUUCUUGCAAAUGAGGGACAGAGUUUACAGAAACAACUACUUCAUAAUAAUGCUGAGAAUUCACAUACUAGCUACAUUAGUGAAUUAUGGUUUGAUAUGUAUUUACGUGACCGCAAGCCAUUGCCAAUCAAUUAUAAUCCCUUCCUAGUCUUUGUACCAGAAUCUGAUCCAAAAUAUGACACACAAUUGGUGAAAGCCACAAAUCUUGUUGUAUCUUCAAUGAGAUUCUUUAAGUCUCUCAGGGAUAAUAUUUUAGAGCCAGAAGUAUUUCAUUUGAAUCCCAAGAAGUCAAAUACCAAUCUAUUUCGCAAUGUUACAAGAUUGAUCCCACCUAGCUUUAGCUAUUACGGUGCUUAUUUAUUUAAGGCUUAUCCAUUGGACAUGUCACAAUAUAAGAAUCUGUUCAAUACAACUAGAAUACCGCAGCUAGAGAAAGAUAGAACCUUCCAUGAUUCUUCUGCAAAACACCUAGUCGUAAUGAGGAGAGGACACUUUUAUGCGUUUGAUGUUUUAAGCGCAAACGGCACUAUUCGUAGUCCCAAGGAAAUAGCUGCAUGUUUAAAGACUAUACUGGAAGAUGACAGACCACCAAAUAAACAUCCUGUGGGCAUCCUUACAACUUCGGAAAGGGAUCAGUGGGCACAGACACGUUCACAUUUGCUCGAGACGGGAAAUCAAGAAAUUCUAAAAAAGAUUGAUUCCGCUGUAUUCGCACUGAUCUUAGAUGAUGAAGAUGUGGGUGCCGUUAAAAAUAAUUUAAUUAGGACAUAUCUUCAUGCAGAUGGUACCAAUCGAUGGUUUGACAAGUCAUUUUCCCUCAUUAUUUCAAAGGACGGCUACGGUGGAAUUAAUUUUGAACAUUCAUGGGGCGACGGUGUCGCAAUACUGAGAUUCUUCCAGGAUGUGAAAGCUGACAUAUCGAAGAAACCUCAAUUCCAUCCUAACGAAGUAGAUGAACUUUCGAAGGAGAAUGCAAACAUUGAGAGACUUGAAUUCUCUAUAGAUGCCAAAAGCGAGAGUAUUAUCAAGCAGGAGAUAGCCAAGUACAAAGAAUGGACCGAUCGAUUAUGUGUGGACCACAUAAUUUACGAAGAAUUUGGUAAACGGCAAUGUAAGAAGCUCGGGGUGAGUCCGGACGCCGUGAUGCAGCUGGCAUUCCAAUUGGCGCUGUAUACUCUGGAAGGCAAAUUGGUACCAACUUAUGAGUCUUGCAGCACUGCUGCGUUUAAACACGGAAGAACGGAGGCUAUUAGACCUUGUACACUAGCAACUAAAGCGAUAUGCGCCGCUAUGAUUCGUAACAAUAACGAACUUUCGAAAUCGGAGUUGAAGAAAAUGAUUUACGAUUGUAGUAAAGCUCACAAUGCGCUCACGAAAGAAGCUGUAAUGGGACAAGGAUUUGACAGACAUCUGUUCGCCUUGAGGAAAAUAUCGGAGAAGUUAAACAACAACGAGCCAGCUAUUUUCCACGAUUCAGCGUACCAUGCUAUAAAUUAUAACAUAUUAUCUACAUCUACUUUAUCGAGUCCGGAUGUAUUGGCCGGUGGAUUUGGACCAGUGGUACUUGAUGGUUACGGAAUAGGAUACAUGAUUCAGGAGAAACGUUUGGGUGCUGUCGUGACGACUUACGAAGGCAGUCGUAAUGCCAGUAAAUACGUACAAACGUUAGAACACGCAUUCAAGAGCAUUCAUGAUGUAUUGCAUACGUAACGGUUCUUUUUGAAGCUUUUUUUUUCUAUCAUGACUAAAUAGAAGAUCAUUUGAGAAUGUAUUAGGUCUAUAUAAAGUAGUUGAUUGGUUCGGGUGAUCGGUUUAUAAACGCAAUAUUUUUAUGACUAAUAUUGUUAGGUAGGAUUAUUGUUAUUAUACACAGGUUAUAUAUACAUAUAUA